AUGCUCAAGUUAGCCCAAGCUUUCUUUAAUUCUGACUGCCUUCUAUGGAACUUUUUUAUUUUCAAAGGAAACUUGAACAUAACUUCAAAAGAAGAUUUGAUUCUUUAUUUCUGGACUGCAAUUAUAUAACAAGACCAUCAGAAUGUCGGGAGCCUCAGUGAAGGUGGCUGUUCGAGUGCGGCCUUUCAAUUCUCGAGAGACCAGCAAAGAGUCCAAGUGCAUCAUUCAGAUGCAAGGCAACUCGACUAGUAUUGUUAACCCAAAGAACCCAAAGGAAGCUCCAAAGUCCUUCAGCUUUGACUACUCCUACUGGUCUCACACCUCGCCCGAAGAUCCCUGUUUUGCAUCUCAAAACCGUGUGUACAAUGACAUUGGAAAGGAAAUGCUCUUACAUGCAUUUGAGGGAUAUAAUGUCUGUAUUUUUGCCUAUGGGCAGACUGGUGCUGGGAAAUCUUACACAAUGAUGGGUAAACAAGAAGAAAGCCAGGCUGGCAUCAUUCCACAGUUAUGUGAAGAACUAUUUGAGAAAAUCAAUGACAACUGUAAUGAAGAAAUGUCCUACUCUGUGGAGGUGAGCUACAUGGAAAUUUACUGUGAAAGAGUACGAGAUUUGCUGAAUCCAAAAAACAAGGGUAAUUUGCGUGUACGUGAACACCCACUUCUUGGCCCAUAUGUGGAGGAUCUGUCAAAGUUGGCAGUCACUUCCUACACAGACAUUGCUGACCUCAUGGAUGCUGGGAACAAAGCCAGGACAGUGGCAGCUACCAACAUGAAUGAAACAAGUAGCCGUUCCCAUGCUGUGUUUACAAUUGUUUUCACCCAGAAGAAACAUGAUACUGAGACCAACCUUUCCACUGAGAAGGUCAGUAAAAUCAGCUUGGUGGAUCUAGCAGGAAGCGAACGAGCUGAUUCAACUGGCGCCAAAGGGACUCGAUUAAAGGAAGGAGCAAAUAUUAAUAAGUCUCUUACAACUCUGGGCAAAGUCAUUUCAGCCUUGGCGGAGGUGAGUAAGAAGAAGAAGAAAACUGAUUUUAUUCCCUACAGGGAUUCUGUGCUUACUUGGCUCCUUCGAGAAAAUCUAGGUGGCAAUUCUCGGACUGCAAUGGUUGCUGCUCUGAGCCCAGCAGAUAUCAACUAUGAUGAAACUUUGAGCACUCUGAGAUAUGCAGAUCGUGCAAAACAAAUUAAAUGCAAUGCUGUUAUCAAUGAGGACCCCAAUGCCAAGCUUGUCCGUGAAUUAAAGGAGGAGGUGACGCGACUGAAGGACCUUCUUCGUGCUCAGGGACUGGGUGAUAUCAUUGAUAUUGAUCCAUUGAUCGAUGAUUACUCUGGAAGUGGAGGCAAAUAUCUGAAAGAUUUUCAGAACAAUAAGCAUAGGUACUUGCUAGCCUCUGAGAAUCAACGCCCUGGCAAUUUUUCCACAGCAUCCAUGGGGUCCCUUACUUCAUCUUCAUCUUCCUGCUCACUCAAUAGUCAGGUGGGCUUAACAUCUGUGACCAGUAUUCAGGAGAGGAUCAUGUCUACACCUGGAGGAGAAGAAGCCAUCGAACGUCUAAAGGAAUCAGAGAAGAUCAUUGCUGAAUUGAAUGAAACUUGGGAAGAGAAGCUGCGUAAAACAGAGGCCAUCAGAAUGGAGAGAGAGGCCUUGUUGGCUGAUGAGAUGGGAGUUGCCAUUCGGGAAGAUGGAGGAACUCUGGGGGUUUUCUCACCUAAAAAGACCCCACAUCUUGUUAACCUCAAUGAGGACCCACUGAUGUCGGAAUGCCUGCUUUAUUACAUCAAAGAUGGAAUUACAAGGGUUGGCCAAGCAGAUGCUGAGCGGCGCCAGGACAUCGUGCUGAGUGGGGCUCACAUUAAAGAAGAGCAUUGUAUCUUCCGGAGCGAGAGAAACAACAGUGGGGAUGUUAUCGUGACUCUGGAGCCUUGUGAACGCUCAGAAACCUACGUAAAUGGCAAGAGGGUGGCCCACCCUGUUCAGCUGCGCUCAGGAAACCGUAUCAUCAUGGGCAAAAACCAUGUGUUUCGUUUUAACCACCCUGAGCAAGCACGGGCUGAGCGGGAAAAGACUCCUUCUGCUGAGACCCCCUCUGAGCCUGUAGAUUGGACAUUUGCCCAGAGAGAGCUUCUGGAAAAACAAGGAAUUGAUAUGAAACAGGAGAUGGAGAAAAGGUUGCAGGAAAUGGAAAUCCUAUACAAAAAGGAGAAGGAGGAAGCAGAUCUUCUCUUGGAGCAGCAGAGACUGGACUAUGAGAGUAAAUUGCAGGCCUUGCAGAAGCAGGUUGAGACUCGAUCCCUGGCUGCAGAAACAACUGAAGAGGAAGAAGAGGAAGAAGAAGUUCCUUGGACACAACAUGAAUUCGAGCUGGCCCAGUGGGCCUUCCGGAAGUGGAAGUCUCACCAGUUUACUUCUUUAAGGGACUUACUCUGGGGCAAUGCUGUUUACCUGAAGGAGGCCAAUGCCAUCAGUGUGGAAUUAAAGAAGAAGGUGCAGUUUCAAUUUGUGCUGCUGACUGACACAUUGUACUCCCCUUUACCUCCGGAAUUACUUCCCACUGAUAUGGAAAAAACUCAUGAAGACAGGCCUUUCCCUCGUACAGUGGUGGCCGUAGAAGUCCAGGAUCUGAAGAAUGGAGCAACACAUUAUUGGUCAUUGGAGAAACUCAAGCAGAGGCUGGACUUGAUGCGAGAGAUGUAUGACAGGGCAGGUGAGAUGGCCUCCAGUGGCCAAGACGAAAGUGAAACCACUAUGACGGGCAGUGAUCCAUUUUAUGAUCGGUUCCAUUGGUUCAAACUUGUAGGAAGGGCAUUUGUAUACCUGAGCAAUCUGCUGUAUCCCGUGCCCCUGAUCCACAGGGUGGCCAUUGUCAGUGAGAAGGGUGAAGUGCGGGGAUUUCUGCGUGUGGCUGUCCAGGCCAUUGCAGCGGAUGAAGAAGCUCCUGAUUAUGGCUCUGGAAUUCGACAGUCAGGAACAGCUAAAAUAUCUUUUGAUAACGAGUACUUUAAUCAGAGUGACUUUCCUUCCGUUGCAAUGACUCGUUCUGGUCUGUCCUUGGAAGAGCUGAGGAUUGUGGAAGGACAGGGUCAGAGUUCUGAGGUCAUCAGUCCUCCAGAAGAAAUCAAUCGAAUGAAUGACUUGGAUCUGAAGUCAAGCACUUUGCUGGAUGGGAAGAUGGUCAUGGAAGGGUUUUCUGAAGAGAUUGGCAACCACCUGAAACUGGGCAGUGCCUUCACUUUCCGUGUGACAGUGCUGCAGGCCAGUGGGAUCCUCCCAGAGUAUGCAGAUAUCUUCUGUCAGUUCAACUUUUUGCAUCGCCAUGAUGAAGCAUUCUCCACUGAACCCCUCAAAAAUAACGGCAGAGGAAGUCCUCUGGGCUUUUAUCAUGUGCAGAAUAUUGCAGUGGAAGUCACUGAAUCAUUUGUGGAAUACAUCAAAACCAAGCCUAUAGUAUUUGAAGUCUUCGGGCAUUAUCAACAGCACCCACUUCACCUGCAAGGACAGGAUCUUAACAGUCCUCCUCAGCCAUCUCGACGAUUCUUCCCUCCGCCCAUGCCACUCUCCAAGCCAGUUCCAGCCACCAAGUUAAACACCAUGAGCAAAACCAGCCUUGGCCAGAGCAUGAGCAAGUAUGAUCUUCUGGUUUGGUUUGAGAUCAGUGAAUUGGAGCCUACAGGAGAGUAUAUCCCAGCUGUGGUGGACCAUACAGCAGGCUUGCCCUGCCAAGGGACAUUUUUGCUUCACCAGGGCAUCCAACGAAGGAUCACAAUGACCAUCGUCCAUGAGAAGGGAAGCGAGCUCCAUUGGAAAGAUGUUCGUGAGCUGGUGGUAGGGCGGAUUAGGAAUAAGGCUGAGGUGGAUGAAGCUGCGGUUGACGCCAUCCUCUCCCUAAAUAUCAUCUCUGCCAAGUACCUGAAGUCUUCCCACAACUCCAGCAGGACCUUCUACCGUUUUGAGGCCGUGUGGGACAGCUCCCUCCAUAACUCCCUCCUUCUCAACCGAGUGACACCCUAUGGGGAAAAGAUCUACAUGACCUUGUCGGCCUACUUAGAGCUGGAUCAUUGCAUCCAGCCAGCUGUCAUCACCAAGGACGUGUGCAUGGUCUUCUAUUCUCGGGACGCCAAGAUCUCGCGCGGCUACUCGAAGUCACCAGACUCCAAUCGAGUCACUGGAAUUUAUGAACUCAGUUUAUGCAAAAUGGCAGACACAGGUAGUCCAGGCAUGCAGAGGAGGAGGAGAAAAGUCUUGGAUACAUCAGUGGCCUAUGUGCGGGGAGAAGAGAACUUAGCUGGCUGGCGGCCCCGUGGGGACAGCCUCAUCCUGGAGCACCAGUGGGAGCUGGAGAAGCUGGAGCUCAUCCAUGAGGUGGAGAAAACUCGCCACUUCCUGCUGCUGCGUGAGAGACUUGGUGACAGCGCCCCCAAAUCCCUGAGCGACUCGUUGUCCCCCAGCCUGAGCAGUGGGACCCUCAGCACCUCCACCAGCAUCUCCUCUCAGAUCUCAACCACCACCUUUGAAAGUGCCAUCACACCCAGCGAGAGCAGUGGCUACGACUCCGCAGACAUUGAGAGCCUGGUGGACCGAGAGAAAGAGCUGGCCACCAAGUGCCUGCAACUUCUCACCCACACUUUCAACCGAGAAUUCAGCCAGGUGCACGGCAGCAUCAGUGACUGUAAGUUGUCGGAUAUCUCUCCAAUUGGACGGGAUCCCUCUGUGUCCAGUUUCAGCAGCUCAACCCUCACUCCCUCCUCCACCUGCCCCUCUCUGGUGGACUCUAGGAGCAACUCUGUGGAUCAGAAGACCCCAGAAGCCAAUUCCCGGGCCUCUAGUCCCUGCCCAGAAUUUGAGCAGUUUCAAAUUGUCCCAACUGUGGAAACACCGUAUUUGGCCCGAGCAGGGAAAAAUGAAUUUCUCAACCUUGUUCCAGAUAUUGAAGAAAUUAGACCAGGCUCAGUGGUUUCCAAAAAAGGAUACCUGCAUUUCAAGGAGCCAUUUUCCAGCAACUGGGCUAAGCAUUUUGUUGUGGUCCGUCGCCCUUACGUCUUCAUCUAUAACAGUGACAAAGACCCAGUGGAACGUGGCAUCAUUAACCUGUCCACAGCGCAGGUGGAAUACAGCGAGGACCAGCAGGCCAUGGUGAAGAGUCCUAACAUCUUCGCUGUAUGCACAAAGCACCGUGGGGUCCUUUUGCAGGCUCUCAACGACAAAGACAUGAGUGACUGGUUAUAUGCCUUUAAUCCACUCCUUGCUGGCACAAUACGGUCGAAACUCUCCCUCAGAGGCUCGAGCCAGCUGAAGUACUGAGCGACUGCUGCGCACCCUCACGCGCCUUCCCAGAGAUAAAGGAAGUGUUACCUCUCGUUUCUCUUUGUGAUUCUUGACGGUUGCUCUUGUAUGUAAUCCUGUGGCUUAACUACUUUUCCCUCUUGUCCAGCACUUUUUCUAGCUCCUGUUCCCUAUCUCCAUUGCUCUGUACCCUUUUUCUUUUUUCCUGUGCUGAGAAUCUUGUUAGUAGCAUGUGGCCUAACAAAAGGGGAAAAACACAUACAACAAAACAAAACAAACAAACAAAAAACAGAGAGAGGGAAAUCCAGUGACUCUCCAAAUUAUUUUUGGUAUAUCUUGGCUUCCUUUUGUAUGAGCGCUCCCCCUGUGACCACCUCUGAUGUCUGUACUGCUGUCUUUGGCUAUCUGUCUUUUUUCAAGACAACAUAAUACAUUUUUUUCUUUUCUCUGUUUGUGCUGUCAACUUUAAUUUUUCUUGGGUGGCUUAGAGACAAAGGGAGGAGACAUCUGGCCUUUUUGGAAGCUGAGAGGGAAAAGCUUACCUUUUUCCCUUUGUUGCUUUCUUCCCUCACUAAUCCCUGCGUUUCCAGUCAGGGAGAAGGUUGUGGUGAGCUCAGCAAUGGGACAGGUAUAUUCUCUGAAAUCGGGCUUGCUUAGAACAUGGUCAUGCAGUUUUCAGUCAGUGGAAGAGAAGAGAGGAGAGAGCUUUUAACAGGCCUGCGGCAGUGGCCGCUGCUGACUUGUCAAAAGGGAAGAGCCAAGGAUGUUGGGUUUCCAAGGAGCGUAGGGUGGGUGGGUGGGAGGGUCAGUAGGAUUCCUGGGAACUGUGCUGCUCAUCUGGGAGGGAGCCUCCUCUCUGUUCUGUUCUUGGCAUUGGUGAUGAUGGCCCGUUUGCAAUCUGUGAUGUCAUACACAGAUGUCCCACAAGGGGGAGUGCUUCGCUUUCUGACGAGGAAUUUGAUGGUCAUUGUGGUAAUGCUGAGUAAUGACCUUGUGAAUGUAGCUCCUGUUGAUCAAAGAAAUGCAGCUUUCACUUGUAAACCUGGAAGUCUACUCUGAACCCAGUGGUUAUUUUCAAUGAUCUCUGUCAGAUUGAAAAGACUUUCAGUGAUGCCUGUCCCUAUACUCAUCAAUAAGCAGACAUGGCAGACUUUGCUUUCUGGACCCAGGAUUAAAACCAGCCACUCCCACCACUAAAAACAAAACGAAAGGACAUCUGGGGGCAGAGAAGAGACCCCACCUGAGCCCUGGCCCCAGGGUUUCGUGGCGCACCCGCUGGCCUCACCUUGCUUCUCCAUGGGGUGUGGAAGCGGGUGUGGAAGCGUUGCCAGAGAGGGAAGGAGGAAGCUGAUAGUCUCCUGACAGGUCAGGGUCGGCUCUUCCAGACGCCAGCAUGGAAGAUACACUUUCUCUCAGCUGCCGACAAGGGUUUCAGAGUGACAGGGAGGAAAAAAGGCCCCAGUUCCUUGAGUAGCUUUGCCAUUAGUCGGCUUAGGUUGUUUAUACCACCGUUUACCUCCCUUGCUCAGACCUCUCUGCUUGACCAUCCCGUGGGCAUUCAGGACAGUAUCUGCUGGUUCCCGCCCUGUGGAGACUGAGGGUCUCAGCCUUGGGGUUGCUGACUCUCAGGUGCUGGGGAACUGGAUGGCUUUGCCUUAGCAGCCAAGGGCAGGGGCCGCGCACUCUGUGGGGUAGUUGCUGGGCAGGCUCAGACCUUGCUUCCACCCUCCCCGGUUGGGCUCAUCUCAGAACAGGGCUCACAGCUGCACUCCUUAUAAUUGCCUUGCAAAGAGGCGGAAGUGAGUCAGGGAGAGUGUAAUAAAAGAAAGGACAGAACCACAGGCUGUGCCCUUAUCUGAAAAGUGGUCAAUAAAACUCUAGAUUUUUUAAACUUUCUUCUCCUUAAAACAUAGGUCACUAACAGUAAUGUUACUAGUUUUUCUAAGCAACAUUUUUAAUGUAGAGGUUUCCGUGUUGUUUAAUGGACACAAUAUGCCCUUCUGCUGUAUACCCCAAUCUAGGAUCUGUCCGUGCUUAGAGACAGCUUCCUGGGCCGGAAUUAAAUCUAAUUUCAGGGAAAUGACAUUGAAGAUUACUUUUAGAAUCAAAUCAUGGAUGCUGCUGCUGUUACAAAGUUUGAUGGAAGGAUCCAUGUCUGUGUGGCAAUAGGUGGGGAAGGCUGAGGGAGAGUAAUCGUGUGAUACACUGAAAUGACUUUGGUUUCUUCUUCUAACUCAAACACAACUGGCUUGGAAAGUCUUUGCUUUGGAGUGUCAGCUCUUAGAAUAGGCGGCACUGAACUGUUCGUCACGUGCCCAAGCAGGAAGGCCUCGUGAGAAUGCGGGGUCUCGUGUGCUCUCCCCGUCCGAAGGGCCUCUGCUGCGGCUGACAGGUACAGGCAGCCCCUUUUGGUACCCCCUCUUUCUCUAGGGCCCAUCUUCAAAUUGGAGCUGGAAGUUUCAGGGUUGAUGUUCCCUUUCCAGACAGUUUCAUCCCCACUUUGAAGUUCUGAGAGAAGGUUUCUGACAGAAACUAUGAGGCUUUAGCUGAAGCCAUGGGGCCAGGAAAGUUGAGGAAUGAACUUGACCUUUUAAGGAAACCACCUUUUGAGGGUUUUUAAUUUUUUUCCAAAUCACUCCUUUAAACAAGCAAAAAAAAAAGCAAGACAGAAAACCCUUACACAAAUGAAGGAGACAUGAAUGCUAGUUAAAAGUAACCCUCUGCUCCCUCGAUCCCCAUCCUCCUGUCUCCUGCCAAAGCAAAAUACGGCCUCACAGCCCGCACCAAGCCAGUGCUCACGCCCGCCUCCUGCGCCUGCCUGGGGGUCAGCCAGCUCUCAGGCCGGGCUGUGCGGGGGCCGGCCAGCCCCUGCACACGGCCAGGGCACGGGAAGGGCUGCUCUGGCAGCUGGGCGGGUCCUAAAUUCCAGCACACUGUUCACUGAUGGCAAGGGAAGAUGAUCUUCCCGACUAGGAAACCACUGUUUUAUGUAUCUGUUUUCCCUUCAGCUCUGUAGAACUUACACAGACACUCAGAGUUUUGCUGGAUAUUUUCCAGCUCUUUUAAGAUGAAUCAAUUAAAUCAUUGCAAAAGGCCUUUUAGGAUCUAAAAGUAAAAUGACUUCUCCUGGCACAUAUUUCAAAGCAAAGACUUUGUUGCCUGCUGCUUGUUCUCUAAUUAUUUAAUUAAAUUAAAUUCUGUAAGGUAUUUGUAUAUUUAUACAGCUGUAAUUAAUUGCACAUUGGACUGAAAAAGAGAGGCUGACCUCGCGCGUGGCACCUGCCAGUACCGGCAUCCCUGGUGCUGCCUGCCACUCGGUGCUCCUGGGCAGUGUCAGGGCUUGUUGUUGGUUUGUUUGACUGGGCUCCUGCAUCUUUCCUUUUGGGUCCUUUUUUAAAAUGUGAUUGUUAACCUGCUCCUUAAAGAGAAUUCUAACCCUGCUGCUGCUCACAGAAGCUGUGCUGAAUGUACUUUAAACAGGACUCUGACUCGGAGGACUGCAGCCGCUCACCCUGGAUGACUCAGCCAAGUGUGUGGCCAAACCCUUGCUGUGUGAGAUAGGAAUGCAUUGAUUUGUGUUUCCUUAGAAUCGAAUUAUCAGCUGAGAGAUUAUCUGCUUUUGUUGUUCAAAAGGCCAUUUAUGAAAUUCGUAUUCGAGCCCCAUAAAAUCUUGGGAAAGUCGCUAAAUCAUUUAAAGGAAGAAAUUAGAGUUGAUACAAAUUUCAUGUUAAAAACCCACAGCCAAGUAGCUGUACUCAGAUGGGAAGUCCGAGCUGAGGUUGGUCUCGCCGAACCUGGCUGUCGUGUGUCGUUUCGUGUCUUCGAGUUACUUUCACGCUGCGUGUUCUGGCAUCAGUUCGCCUGAGGGCUCCAUCAGCCUUCCCACGUGGAAGGCACCAUCUUAGACUUUGUGGCUCUAAAGUGUUUGUCCAUUGAGAUUUCAAUUCUCACGUCACCAUCCUUGUGCAUUAAACAAACCCAUGAACAUAAGUGGCCUUUUUGAACCAGGACUUUGCAAACUGAUCUCUCCCCAGUGAAGGAGUUGAGCACAUCAGCAACAAUGUAUGUACAUUAUUAAUUUCUGAUUUUCAUUUUCAUGUUUUAUUAUGUAAAUAUUAUCUGAUGUUUGGAGCUUGGGUAUACAGAAUGUAAAUAUAGUUCCUGUAUUUGUACUAAUUCUGGUUCUUUUGCUGUAUAGCCUUAGAUGUGCAAUGCAGACAUUAUCUAACUGUGUAUGGUAACCUUGCAUCACGGAACUGUUAGUGAACGAGGUCAUAAUAAAGGUACACCCAGUGCACCA